AUGAAGUGCCAGUCUAUUCUUUCAACUCUAUAUCUGUCACCUAAGCUCGAAGCCAUCGUGAUUCGAACCCGUCAAGGCCCCUUGCUAUCAUGCGUCGCGCUCUACCUGCUCAUCUCCAGCCUUUCAUGGCUAGAAUCCUAUCUCCAAUUCAGCACUGCGCUGCAAAACAAUCUCAUCACUGCCGAGCAAAUUGCCCCGGAUCCCACCCCGGCAGCCAGACUGCAAGCAGCACCCCUCACCUCGCAGUCACUCCAAUGGGCUCCCCCUUCUGUCGUUGAAGCAACAGAGAAGACCAACGACACCAGCGCUAUCCCGCGGAUCAUCCAUCGAACGUGGCGCCACCUCCCCUCCGCCAUUCCCUCGGAAUGGAGCAACGCAACGACCUCCUGCCAGGCCCAGAAUCCGAGUACCAGCACGCACCAGUUCAUUGCCCGGCAUUUCCCGUGGUAUCUCGCCGCCUACACAGACCACCUCCUGCCAAUGCAGCGCGUCGACGCGCUCCGGUAUGUCCUCCUCUGGCACUACGGCGGCGUCUUCCUGGACCCGGAGUUGGGCUGCCGUCGCUCGCUAGAGCCUCUGCUAUCAGCCGAAAACGUGCAGCAGGGGACUGUGCUGUUGCCCCAGCGCUGGCCCUACGGCGUCGGCGCGGAGAUGAUAGCUAGUCCGCCGGAGCAUCCGUUCGUCAUCAAGCUUGCCCUGGCGGUUCAUGAUCGCCGCUAUGGCGGUGGUGGUGCGCAGACUACGAUCGCCGUCGUUGCUCCGGCGCUGUUGGACGAUGCAGAAUCAGGGGAGGCAUUCUUCGUGCGGCGCAUCGGGCAGGCGCCGCGCGGGGAUGAAGUGGCUGUUGCGGAGCAUGUCUUUGGAAAUGGGCUCGGGUGGUGCGGCGCGGGCUUGUCCCUGGCGGGCAUGGCUCUGGUGAUCUUCGGUCUUACCUCGCGACCAAAAGGUGCCGUCAACCAUCUUCUUGUAUGA